CCUCUAACGUGCGCACUAACGGAAAACGAAGUAAGUAACCCGCAAAACCAGAGCAUCGGGAAGAGAGAGAGAGAGACGGGGAGGCCGACAGAGAAAACAGAGCAGCGCGAGGAGAGAGCCAUGGAAAAUGGCGAUCGACGAUGACGAAGACGGACAACGGCGAGGAAGAAGGAUUCGAGGAAUUCAUUACCUUCGAGCAUCCUCCUCCGUCGCCGAAUCCGGAAACCGUCAUCUCCGAGUUCCUCGGCACGGCCGCCAUGGCUUCCAAUUUCGACGACGAUGACUGGGGUGAUUUUGUCAAUUCCUCCGGAGGCGUAUUAUCACAAACGACGUCGCUCCCGCAGGUUCUCAACCAUUCUGACCUGUUCGGAAUCUAUAACGACGGCAAGCGUGACGAUGAUGCGCCGCCGAAACAGACGGAGGAUCAGCCUGGGUCAGCUCCUGGUCUGAUGAAGUCUUCGGGAGCUCUGCCUCUUUCGCUGUUUGGAGAAAUGGAGGAGGACGGAGGAGGAGCAGGAGAACAGAAAGGGAGUUCGGUUGCCGAUUUCCCCCCGGGCGAGAAUGCGGAGUCCGUGAAGAAGACGGGUAAUCUAGAUGUUAACGAUUUGAUUGCUAAUUUAUACAAGCCGAACGGGAUCGGAGCAGGCUCUGUCCCGGCAAGUAAUGGAAAUUUAGUCGGGGCGAAUCCGAUUGGAUUGGAUCCGAGUUGGAGCUGGGGGAAUGCGUCUGCUAUGGGGAAUGGGGCGAGUUCGAUUCCGAAGCUAGCGAGCACGGACUCGGAUCCGUUAAAUUUGAAUUCAAAUGGGUGGAGAAUGAGCGGCAAUUCUGGUUCGGUUGUGCAAGGGUCGGAUUUGAGCUCAGAUGCGAUGAGCAAUGGUUCCAAUGCGGCGAAUGGGAAUGGAGGGUUUGAUGAGGAAGGUGAUGAUGAUGAUGGUUGGGAAUUCAAGGCCGCUGAAUCCAAAGUGGAAGAUAAUGUCAAGCCAGAGCAGAUGAAGAAUCAGAAUGGGACGACUUUUCAUCGCAGUGAGCUGAACUCUAGUUGGAAUGAGGUCACUUUGGACUUUUCGGGAUGGAAUACGAGUGCCAAUGGAGUUGAUCAGAAUGGCUUGAAUAAUGGCCCAGUUACUGAAAGGAAAGAGCUUGCUAGCAAUGGUGCUUGGGAGUUUGUUGUUGCAGGUGCCCCAGACGAGAAAAUCAAGAAUGUUGAUUCAAUAUCAGAGGAUGUCUCGAAGAUGAAUCUUAAGAGCUCUAAUUUAAGUUGGGAUCCACUGCAGCGUCCAGAUUCUAAUGGCUUGGCUUCAAGCAUAGGUGGAGUGAACGCUGAUGUGAUAAGUGUGAAUCCUGUAUUAUUGGAUGAAAUUGAUGGGUUUGCUGAUUCGGAUGGUUGGGCCUUCAAGAAAGCAGAAUUAGACUUGCAAGAUGCGGCAGGGAAGAUGGAAAAUGGCCCACAAAUGCAAUCUACUAUAUUUGAUUCAAGUCUGAAUAUUUCCGACUUGGAUGGUGGUGGUGGUGUGAAUCCAAACCUGUUUGCUACCGACUGGAAUGCGAAAGAAGAGAUUUCAGAUACAAAACAGUUGAACCCAAUUGUAGUCACUGAAACCGAGGAUCUUGAGGGUGAGGACGACUGGGAAUUCAAGGUUGCAGAAUCAGAAUCAAUGUCCAUUGAUUCGAGUAGUAAGGCUAUUGAAAUAAGGCAUAGCGACAGCCAAGGAGCCCUGCCUCUGUCACUUUUUGGCGAUGAAGAAACUGAGCCCAACGAUCCCGUCUUCUAUGAAGUCACUUCAGUUCAGAUUUCUGCUCCAGAAACAAGAGAGGAAAAUAAGGGUUUUAGUUCCGGUCUCUCUAUUCAUGAUCUAAUAUCAAGUUUAUACAGUGAAGUUGAGCAAACAGCUACGGUCGGUCACUUACAAGAUCAGGAUGAAAAUGGAUGGGGCCCCACAGGGUUUGCAUUGGCUUCCAAUUCAUCAAAUGAUGCUGCAAGUUUGGAUGAUGAUGAUGCCUGGGAGUUCAAAGAUGCCUCUCCAGUACCCAUGGCCGAGGAGCAAAUAUCUUUUCCCAAAGAUCCUCCAAUUAAGGCCAGUAACAUAGAGCUUUCUGAUUGGAUAGACUUAUUUACCAAACUGAAGGAAGAAUUAUGUCUGGUUGCAUUCCAACAUCUUGAAAAUAUGAAGCAAGCUCGUGGUGCUGCAGCUCUUGCUGGUGAGGAUGCUGAUUUAAGUAACAUGGAUAAGGAAAUACAGGAUAUGCAUAAUGGACUGCUCGAAUACGGCACUGUUCCCGAAGUUCAUUCAGGAGAUCAGUUUCUAUGUGAAAUACGAACCCGUGAAUUGUUUGAACUGUUGCUGCACCCAAAGUUUCAAGUCAUUGAGUCAGAAUAUCAGUUAUCAGAAAAACUGUUGAAGGUAAGUCACAAUACUUGUUCUUUUUCUUUGAAAGAACAAUUGAUGUUAGAGUUAGGGUUUGAACAUACUUAUCCUUGGUAAGCAAUAAGUUUGCUAUCACAUGUAAACAAUAUGGUAAAGCUCAACCUGGUUACAUAGCAAGUGACAGUCUCUUACUUUUGUUUCUAGAAGUUUGAAGAUCCCUUUUUCCAAGCCACUUGCUGCAAGAAAACAUCCAAGGUCAAGUUCUCUCAAGCGUUGAAGGUAUAAUAACAAGAAUCUUGUGAGAAAUUGAAUUCAAUGAUAGUUGUGAGUGCUCAAAAUUCAUUUAUCAAAUACAGGAAAGAGAUAUUUCCUUGCUCUUGGAGAAAUUUACAGAGUUUCUGAAGUUCUUCGAUGCACUGCCCGGCUUUAUAAGCCGUGGAUAUUGCUGGAACGGACUGACUCCAUAUCCUUCUAUUCCAUCAUGAACGAGUGUUCUGCUCUAUGGUCAAGCUCAGGACUGGAAGAAGCUCUCUUAAGCAUUUCUGAUGGUUCCGUGAAGGCAUUACUGGAAUCUGUUCAAUAUCUUCAUAAUCUCGAGGAUGAUACACUUUACGAGAUUGUGUUCUCCGGACAAGGCUACACCUGUCAACUCUCAGGUCUUAAUCCAGGAGUAGUGCCAGGGAUGGAAACCAUCGUCUGGAACGGGAGCCAUUACUUUGUCAAGCUUGCUAACUUAUGGGCUAAUUUGAUAAGUUGCGAUCCGCCAAAUCUGCCUCGCUUGCACGUCGGAUAAUGAUGACCAUUGCAGAGAUUUAGCGCAGACGUGCAGAGUGAUGAUUAUUCUUUAGCAGAGACUACCCACUGAAAGCAGUCAUGGCGCCGUGGGUGAGGGCUCGAGCCGCGGUUACCCCCCUGCCUGCAACGAUUGGUCUUCGAGGAAGUCAAAGAAAGAAAGAACAGAGUAUUCUCAAUCCAAGCUUGCCGUGUGUUGCAUAUCGCCAUAUGGAUCUCGUUUGAGAAAAGUCAGGCAAGAUAUCUCUGAAGCCUCCCAUUCACAAUUUUCCCCCGCCCCUUUUAAGUGUUGUCCAUUCUUUGCACAGAGCGCAAGCUGUAACAUAGAAGCUUUUGGGUUUAUAGCCCCCAAUUUGCACAUGCACAAGACCUUUGGGGGAGGGGUUGUUUGCCCUUGGGAUUUAAGGGUGUAUUCCUUUUCCUAUUUCCAUGUUGUAUUGUUUAAAAAAAAAUGGGCCUGUAAUAUUUGGAAUAAAAAUAUCUCGAUAUUGUUGCUUUUGAAAUGAAGAAAUUACUACAAGUUUGAUUUCUUCCUUUCAUUUUAUUUUUUCGCCG